ACUUACAGAGAUGUUUCCCUGUAUGGACUGAGACAGAAGAGCAAGUGUGGAUAGUUCUGUGCAGGUCUUCAGCCAGACAGCUUGAAUUGUGGGCUGGAACAGGCUCUUAUUACCCUGCCAACUGGAAUCUUCCUUCUCACGCUAAGAUGCCGCAAGAAGCAUCCUUCAUCCUCCUGCUUCUCGGGGCCAACGUUGUGUCCUCCACGUGGUACGAAGGAUCUGGAUACUCUGCUGCAGAAAGGCAAACUAAUGAGCUACACAUUGAAGAAACUGUGCAGGUUCUUGCCCCGGAAUAUCGAGUCGCCCAGUGGUGUCACCUGUUAAAUGUUUACCACGGGGAGGCGACCUGCUAUUCUCCCCGUGGAGGGAAUUACCGCAGCAGCAUGGGGACACGCUGCGAGCUCUCCUGCGACCGGGGAUACCGCUUGAUCGGCCAGAGAUCUGUGCAGUGCUUGCUAAACCGUCGCUGGUCUGGGAUUGCCUAUUGCAGACAGCUGCGGUGCCACACAUUGCCAGCAGUUCACCACGGUUCAUAUCAAUGUUCGAAAGGGGUCAAUGUAGACUCGCACUGCGAUUACACCUGCCGGCCCGGAUACCACCUGGAAGGCGACCGCAGCCGCGUGUGCAUGGAAGACGGCCGCUGGAGCGGCGGCGAGCCAAUUUGUGUAGACAUAGAACCUCCCAAAAUCCGAUGUCCCGACUCACGAGAGCGAAUCGCAGAGCCCGGCAAGCUGACAGUUACCGUAUACUGGGACCCACCCCGGGCAAAGGAUUCCGCCGACGGCGUCAUCAAACAAAUUAAGCUCCGGGGCCCAGAACCAGGAUCCGAGUUUUCCGAAGGGGAACACAUUAUCCGCUACACCGUCUACGACCAGGCGUACAAUCGAGCCAGCUGCAAGUUUUCUUUGCGGGUCCAAGUGAUCCGCUGUCCCGUUCUGAAGGCGCCGGAGCACGGUUACCUCAGCUGUACCUCGGCAGGCAACAACUACGGUUCCACCUGCGAAUACCGCUGUGACGGAGGCUACGAACGCCAGGGGCCCCCCUUGAGGGUCUGCCAGUCCAACCGCCAGUGGUCGGGCUCUCAGCCCACGUGCAUGCCCAUGCAGAUUAACGUGGAUGUCAACUCUGCCGCCGGCCUCCUGGACCAGUUCUACGAAAAGCGCCGUCUGCUCAUCGUCUCCGCCCCCGAUCCCUCCGACCGCUACUAUAAGAUGCAGAAUGCCAUGUUGCAGCAAGCCACCUGCGGACUGGACUUGCGUCACAUCACUGUGAUUGAGCUGGUGGGGAUGCCACCCCAUGAGGUGGGGCGGAUCCGCGAGCACCGGCUUUCAGACGGCAUCAUUGAACAGCUCAGGCAGUUCCUGCACAUCACUCGUUCCCGCUUCAAUAUAGUGUUCGUUGACAAAGACGGUGUGGACCGCGACCGCUACAUCCAACCAGUGACGCCGGACGAGCUCUUUUCCUUCGUGGACACCUACCUGCUGAGUAGCCAGGAAGAGCUCCAGAGGGAGCAGAACAGGGAUACCUGUGAGUGACAACAGACUGCUCUGUCCCUAGGAGCAAACGGUGGACAC